AUGGGUCAACACUCCGAAAAGUCCAGCGCAGACAAUCGUGACCAACCCUGGAAGUCGUUCUGCGACCCGAACUCUAGCGAGUUCGACGCUAUAGUUCAGGAUAGUCCCGAUCAAGAGAUGGCUGGUCGUCUCCAAGCCGAACUUUUCAACUACAUGGACGAGAAUACACGAGGUGGAGGUAGAAAUGGUGGAAAUGGUGGAAAUGGUGGAAAAAAUGGUGGAAAAAAUGGUGGAAAAACUAGCUUAAUUGGACCCAAUCAACCUCAAGCAUCUUUCAUACCUAAAUUCUUGAGCAUUAGCUUAAAGCUGCUUCCUUCAACAACACGCAAAACAUUGUGA